CCUACACGCAUGGUCCUGAGGGAACUCUGCCCUGUAUUACAUCAUGUUGUUGCAGUCCGGUUCUGGAGGUCGAUGGGGUAUUUAAAUUUGUGUCUCCUGCCCUGCAUCUCAUUAAUCUAUCUGCAAUCAAUCCAUCUGCAACUAAACAAACUACUACCCACUCUUCUAUUUGAUACCAAAGACACAUUCUAUCUAUCCACAAUGGGCAAGCUCUCCGAACUCACUUCCAAGGUCACCGGUGGCAGUAGCCACGGCAGCCACGGCCACCACGGCGCCUCGGCCGGCGGUCCCAAGGAAGACUACGUCGACAAGGGUCUCGACUCGCUCGAAACCAAGUACGGCCACGGCAAGAUCAACCCUCACGAUCCCAAGACUCGUGCCACCAACGAGAAGAUCACCGAUGCUGCGCGUCACAAGUUCGAGAGCGCUACUGGGAAACAUGUUCCGUCUAAGAUCUCGAACUAGGUUCAUGGACAUGGUUAUGAGUGUAUGAUAUUUGGUGGGAGGAUCUCUUUUUGUUGAUACUUGAUACCUGAUAUACCCGAUUGAUGGUUUAA